AGGUUCCUUGAGUGCAAGCACUGUACUGUUCAUCUGCGACUGCUCUAUCCAGCGGUCUUGACUACGUACGAUAUUCUAUAAAGCUUUUGUUGGAUACAUUACACCGAUAUACCCCCAGACCCCAGCAAGCAUCUUAUCCUAUCCUAUCAAUUGUAUGCCAGCCAGCCAGCCAGCCAGCCACUGGGAUGCAAUAACUUCCACCACCCUCUUCUUCUCAACCUCACUGCCCACUGCACCUUUUACCUCAACAAAAAUGCCCUUCCAAUCCCGCUGGUCCAUCGACAUUCCCAGCUGCCACCUCGCCACCCUCCUCUUCACCUCCCCAACCAACCCGCUCUCCCACACCCAUCGAUGUUUCCUCGACGCCGCCCGCCCGGACACCCACUACUUCACGGAGCACUCGUUCCGCCUCUGGAGCCAACGGCUCGCCGCGGGGCUCCGACACGCCGGACUGCGGCGCGGGGACCGCGUGCUCCUGUUCUCGGGGAACGACCUGUUCUUCCCCGUCGUGUUUAUGGGGAUCAUCAUGGCGGGUGGGAUCUUCACGGGGGCGAACCCCACCUUCGUGGCGCGGGAGCUGGAGUAUCAGCUGCGGGACUCCGGGGCGACGUUUUUGAUCUGUGCGCGGGGGAGUCUGGAAACCGGGCUGGAAGCUGCCCGGGGAGCGGGGUUGGGGUUGGAUCGGGUGUUUGUGUUUGACAGUGCGGUUUUUGAGGAAGGUGAUAAUCUGCAGAGCAAGCUGGACGAGAGGCAGGGUAGUCGCUACUGGGGCGAGUUGAUCGCCUCCGUCGAGGAAGGGAGUCGGUGGGCGUGGGACGAUCUGAUGACCCCCGGCGCGGCGGAUGCGCAGACGCUGGCGCUGAAUUACUCGAGCGGCACGACCGGUCGACCUAAGGGAGUCGAGAUCACGCACAAAAACUACGUCGCCAAUCUGCUGCAGUAUAACUUCCUCUUCUACCUGUACCCGGACUGGGUGCAGCGGCUGGCGCGCGCGCGCUGGCUCUGUUUCCUCCCCAUGUACCAUGCCAUGGCGCAGAAUAUCUUCAUCGCCGCGGCGCUGCGGCGCGGCGUGCCCGUCUACAUCAUGCCCAAGUUCGAUAUGCUAAAAAUGCUCGAGUACACGGAGAAAUUCCGGAUCACGGACCUCAUCCUCGUGCCCCCGGUGGUCGUGGCGUUGGCGAAGCACCCGGCCGUCCGCAGCGGUAGGUAUAAUCUGAGUAGCGUCGAGGGGGUCGCCAGUGGUGCGGCGCCCUUGGGCGCGGAGGUCUGCGAGCAGGUUGAGAAGCUCUGGGAGCCGGGCCGAAUCACGGUCCGUCAAGGUUGGGGAAUGACCGAGUGAG